AUGGAUAAUGUACUCAACACAGUUGUCAUGUUCGAGGACUUAGACGGAUCUAUAGUUUUUUACACCUAUAAACUAUUUGGUGCAGAAUGUUGGAAGGACAUUGUGUUGUCCUACAGCAACAAAUAUGAAAAUGGAGUGCUAAUGAGAAAUUAUUUGUUCCCGCGACGUUUACAGAAUUUCUAUAAAUGUGAACUACGUGUAUGUGUUUAUGAAUCUCCGCCGUUUACACAGAUCAAAGGUGAUAAGAAUAAGGAAAUAGAUUUGUUAAAUCUAAAUCGCUUAAGUGGUAUAGAAGGUGACCUGCUUAAGAUUUUAGCAGAGAAAUUAAAUUUUUCAGUGCGUUUAACAAUUUCGGAGGAGUUUGGCAUAAUUGGCACCGAAAGCAACUCAACGGGUUGUUUCGCAUUGCUUGAAAAUGAUACUGUUGAUAUAGCUAUUGGUGGCUUCAGUAGCGCGCUAACGCACUAUUACCUCUUCUCUUCUUCAUACACAUAUUAUGAUACCAAGCUAAUUUUUGUAAUCAGAAUGUAUUGGAGUCAGGAUCAUAUAAAAAAAUUGCUUUAUCCCUUUGAAAACAAUGUAUGCGAAACGAUACAGAUAUUUAUAUUUGGCGAUGGAAAUCAAAGACCAGUGUUGAACAUGGUAAUUGUCUUUUUGGGCUUCUCCCUAGAUGUCCCUCCAAAACGUAACUUCGCUCGUUUUUUGGUUAUGCUGUGGUUGAUUGUGACUUUAUUGAUGCGCAGUUCUUAUCAAGGCAAACUGUUCGACGUAUUGCGUUUUUCGAUUAUGGCACAACAGUUGGAAGCCAUAGAGGAGCUGAUUGAACAGCAAUGUCUACUUUUUGCACCAGCGUACGUUGAGUAUUAUCCAAGAAAUCUUACAGUGCCCAUUGACGGGACUGCUAUUGAACGGUUUGAUAUGGUGAAUACCUAUUAUGAAAAAAAACGUAUACAGUUUGAGCAACAACAGAAGAAACUAGAUCAUUUCAGAAACACCGAUAUUAUCACUCAAAUAAUAGGUUAUGAUGGAAUAACUAUGUCCUAUAAGUUUGUAGCAAUCGUUUUAUCAAGACUGUUCGAAAAGAUAAUGUAA